UCCUUGUUUUGCUUUCGAUCUGGACUGUUCUCAGGCAAGCCGGGGAGUAACUUUUAGUUUUGCUCCUGCGAUUAUUCAACUGACGGGCUUUCAUUUCCAUUUUACACACCCUAACAACACUUACACCUUGCGGGAUUGUAUUGGUAGCGUGAAAAAAAGCACACUGAGAGGGUACCAUGCCGGUGGAAAGGAUGCGAAUGCGCCCAUGGCUGGAGGAACAGAUAAAUUCAAAUACGAUACCGGGGUUAAAGUGGCUGAAUAAGGAAAAGAAGAUUUUCCAGAUCCCCUGGAUGCAUGCAGCUAGACACGGGUGGGACGUGGAAAAAGAUGCGCCACUCUUCAGAAACUGGGCCAUCCACACAGGAAAGCAUCAGCCAGGAGUAGAUAAACCUGAUCCAAAAACAUGGAAAGCAAAUUUCCGAUGUGCCAUGAAUUCCUUGCCUGAUAUCGAAGAAGUGAAAGAUAGAAGUAUAAAGAAAGGAAACAAUGCCUUCAGAGUGUACCGGAUGUUGCCCUUAUCUGAACGGCCUUCCAAGAAAGGAAAGAAACCAAAGACGGAGAAAGAAGAGCGAGUUAAACACAUCAAGCAAGAACCAGUUGAGUCAUCUUUGGGGCUUAGUAAUGGAGUAAGUGACCUUUCUCCUGAGUAUGCGGUCCUGACUUCAGCUAUAAAAAAUGAAGUGGAUAGUACGGUGAACAUCAUAGUUGUAGGACAGUCCCACCUGGACAGUACCAUUGAAGAUCAAGAGAUUGUCACCAAUCCGCCAGACAUCUGCCAAGUUGUGGAAGUGACCACGGAGAGCGAUGAGCAGCCAGUCAGCAUGAGCGAGCUGUACCCUCUCCAGAUUUCUCCUGUGUCUUCCUACGCAGAAAGCGAAACCACCGACAGUGUGCCUAGCGAUGAGGAAAGCGCCGAGGGGAGACCACACUGGCGGAAGAGGAACAUUGAAGGCAAGCAGUACCUUAGCAACAUGGGGACACGGAGCACCUACCUGCUGCCCAGCAUGGCGACCUUUGUCACUUCCAACAAGCCAGACCUGCAGGUUACCAUCAAAGAGGAGAGCUGUCCGAUGCCUUACAACAGCUCCUGGCCCCCGUUUACAGACCUCCCUCUCCCUGCCCCAGUGACCCCCACACCCAGCAGCAGUCGGCCCGACCGAGAGACACGGGCCAGCGUCAUCAAGAAGACGUCUGACGUCACCCAGGCGCGUGUCAAGAGCUGCUAAGCUUUGACUCUCUGGUGGUUGUUGGGAUUUCUUAGCUUUGUGUUGUUAUUUGUUUGUAUUUUAUUUUUCUCUCUGAUACCUAUCUUAGACAAAUCUAAGGGAAAAAGCCUUGAUAAUAGGAUAUUGAUUGUUGUGUCCAACUCCAGGGCUAGAGCUUCUUUUUAACUCAGGACUCCAGCCCCUUGGUAGACGCAUAUCUCUAGAACCUGCUGGAUCUCCCAGGGCUACUCCCUCAAGUUCAUGGACCAACAGCCACACGGGCAGUGGAGGUGCUGCAUUGCCUACGGUCAAGGCCAGCAUGGUGGAGUGGAUGCCUCAGAACGGACGAGAAAAUGUGAACUAGCUGGAAUUUUUUAUUCUUGUGAAUAUGUACAUAGGGCAGUACUAGCAACGUUGCGGUCUGCUUCUGCACCUUAUCUUGAAGCACUUACAAUAGGCCUUCUUGUGAUCUUGCUCUUCUUCACAGCAUACUUGGCGUCCCCUUCUGUGCCCAUGACCUCACUACCCACCCAUCCCCAACCCAUCCAUUCCCAGCUCACUACCCACCCUCCCUCUCCAACCCAUGCAAUCCCAUUCCAAACCCAUCCCUCCCUCCCCAACAAUCCAAUCCCAGCCCACACUCAGCCCUCCCUCUCCAACCCAUUGAAUCCCAGCCCACUCCACCCCACAUUCCCCAACCCAUUUAAUCCCAGCCUACACCCACCCCACAUUCCUCAACCCAUCCAAUCCCACACCCCCCACACCCUCUUCAACCCAUCCAAUCCCACACCCCCCACACCCUCUUCAACC